UCAAGCUUCGGCCACACUUUGCAUGCACAUAAACAGAAAAAAAAUUGAAUAUUAGUUAACUCUAAAUAAGCGCUUUCCUAAUCUGCGGCACAGAAGUGAUCUCAGCCAGCAUUCAAUUUAAAGCGCAAAGAGGGGUUCAGAGAAUGAAUAACUUUGCCAAUCCCAAGUCUUUGAUUAAAACAAAGGAGGGGAAUCCCUUUGCUGGUGGAUCAACGGAAACCAAUUCCACAUCCCAAAAUCUUAAAAAGCACCAGCUUCAGAACACAUGGAUCCUGUAUUUUCUGGACAACAAUCCCCGCAAGUCGUGGGAGGACGUGCUCACCAAGAUUGGCACCCUCAGCACCGUCGAGGACUUCUGGGGCCUUUAUUACCGCAUCGAGAAGCCAUCGAAGCUCAAACUGGGCAGUGAUUACAUGUUUUUCAAAGAGAACAUCCGCCCCAUGUGGGAGGAUCCGAUAAACCUGCAGGGCGGUCGUUGGUUGAUCACAAUCGGCAGUGCCUUCAAGGACGACUUGGAUAUAAUAUGGCUCGAUGUUUUGCUUUGCCUAAUUGGCGAGGCCUGCGACCACUGCGAUCAGAUCUGCGGAGCUGCAGUAAGGAUUCGCCGAAAGGUCAAUAAGAUCUCCAUCUGGACUAAUGAUGCCAAGGACGAGGAGGCCAUCCUAGAGAUUGGCUACAAACUACACGAAGUAGUGCGCCUGGUAAGCCACGCCACUGUUCAGUACCACGCGCAUAAAGUUGAUAAUACCCAAUCGUUGUAUACUUUAAAGGUUUUCAACGGACCUUUUAUAUCGUAGUUCAUAUGGGUUGCCUUUAUUAAUGCACAAACAUUAUUGAUAUAUUUUAAGAUCCCUGAAUAACUAAUCUCGAAAAAUUCUUUAUGUCAUACUAAUAUUAAUUACAAUACGCAAAAUUAUCGAAUUUA